CCUUUAUCCCCAAAUUCGUUGGAAGUUGGGGGUUUGCAGUGAAUGACUCAUGUAAUCGGUAAAAGAAGAAAAAGGAAAAGAAACGAAUGGCUUGGAAUCGUAUUGGGGUAUAAUCAGGUGAGAUGGGUGGUGAAAAGCGGAACAAGGUUGAGGGAUUUUUCUUAGGCACUUUGAUUCUGUGGUUAGGUUCUGUUGUGUUCCAGAUUGGGUUCAACAAACGCACCGAGCUUCUCUAUGUCAUCGCCGGUUCCUUCUUCUAUCAGAUUUCUAACUGUUUUAUCCGAUUCUUCUUCUCCACAGACCCUCUCUUCGUUAACACCUCCGUUUCUCUUCUCCACUCUACAAUCACCUCCGCUUCAGUGAUCUUCGUCUUGUUCAGACAGUGGUUAAGUAAUGGGUCGAGUGGAAUGUUUGAUCACUCACAGUUGGUUGAAGGUACUUGGCCAUGGGCAUUUCAAGCACUGUGCUUUUCAUGUGGUUACUUUGCAUAUGAUCAGUGGGAUAUGCUUCAUUACGGCUUAUAUAAUGGUUGGAUCCCUUCUAUCCUUGUGCAUCAUCUGGUUCUCCUUAUUUGCUUCACUCUUGCCUUGUAUCGAAAUGUCACCAUCAACUACCUUAUUCUCACUCUUAUCUGUGAGCUGCAUUCCAUCUUUCUGCAUGUGAGAAAAGUGAGACGAAUGGCCGGUUUUCGCAAUGCAAAGGGCAUUAUUGUUAAGUUGGAAUGGUUUCUUAAUUGGGUCACCUUCUUUGUGGCAAGGUGUGCAUCUCACAUUCUCAUCACAGCCAAGCUCAUCAGGGAUGCUGACAAAUUUGGAAAGGGUAUUGAGCUACCACUGGCUCUGGUUGGCAUGGCUGGGAUGAAUUUGCUGAACAUUGGUCUUGGCAUUGAUCUCUUCAAAGCUUUUAAGAGAGAGAGGAAGCCCCAGCAGGCUAAUCCUCAUCAACAUCGUGAAUGAUAGAAGAGAAUAGCAUAAUAAUACUCUGUAGUUAUCGUCUUUAUUGUACUACCACAAAGUUGUCCCUCCCCCUUCACCAAAAAAAAAAAAAAAAAAGACUCAAAAUGCAUGGGGAAUGAUGUGUAUUUGGUCCGGUUUCUUGUUUUUUAAAAAUACAACACAGAUUAUUUAUAAUCUCCGCUCCCCCAAUUAUUUUAAAGCAUCAAGAGCAAGCAUGUAACAGAUUAAUUUAGUCAUUUUCCAAGUUCUCCUUGAUUAUUCCAAACUGAAAUGUAAUGAGAAUUCAUUCUUAUGUAAUAAAUAAGGUGUAUUUGGA